CGAGCUGUGUGGUCUGGGUCGUGUUAUCAGCGAGUCCGAGCGGCGGCUCUGCCCGUUGAGUCCGAGCGCCGUUGUGUGGCGCAGUAACUAUUUCCUAUGUUCUGUAGUGCAGCGUCAGUUUCUGUACGGACUAAGCCGAAAAAGGACCGGCAGCGCUGUCAGCUCGUCGUGUUUUGGGCUUGUGUUAGCUUGAGGACAUUCUUCAUGAAGAGACUUGUUGUGUACGAAUGAAGUGUUUGUGUUUACGGUUUGUCUGCGUGCUUUGUCCACUCCGAUCGACAGAGGGCGCUGGCGCGCGUUCAGAGAUGCAUCCCAGUCCUGCAAAUGGAUUUAAAUCAGACGGAGCUGUUAUUUCUGGCCAAAAUGGAUAAAAUAACUUAAGAAAUAGAGUUUAAAAAGGUUUUCACCUCGUCCAGACAGAUGCAGAAGUCCGAGUCAGACCCAUUUACCUCUCAUCCAGUGAGUGAUGGGGACCCAACAGUGAAACCAGCCCAGACUGAUCAAGGAAGGCAGAUGUGUGACAAAGGGGUCCGGCCAGGCUCAUCCAGACUUAGGCAGAGCGAUGAUUCAGUCAAUCAGCCCAAAAGCCUACAGUCUGGAAAAAAGAGGGUUUGGAUGGAGGAGAGUGACUCAUCCUCACAGAAGAGUGACAGCUCAGUGAUUCAGCCAGUCCAUUUGAGUCAUGGGCCUGCAGGCAAAAGGAAUCAGGCAGACUCAUCAACACCAGAUCAUCUUUCAGUGAAGAGUGAAAGCUCAAUGAUUCAGCCAGUAGUUUUCAGUCAAGGAGAACAGUCUCAACAGUCAAGGGUUCAGAUGGACUCAUCAGUACCAGAUCAUCUUUCAAUGAAGAGCGAAGGCUCAAUGAUUCAACCAAUAGUUUUCCGUCAAGGAGAGCAGUCGAAAGAGGUUCAGAUGGACUCAUCAGUACCAGAUCAUCUUUCAAUGAAGAGCGAAGGCUCAAUGAUUCAACCAAUAGUUUUCCGUCAAGGAGAGCAGUCGAAACAGGUUCAUAUGGACUCAUUAACACCAGACCAUCUUUCAAUGAAGAGCGAAGGCUCAAUGAUUCAGCCAAUAGUUUUCAGUCAAGGAGAACAGUCUAAAGAUACAGUGUACCAACCAGAGCACAAUAGACCUUGCUCUAGUGCUGCUGGAAUUACGGAGCCUGGUCACAUGGAGCUAAGUCUCUGCCAAAAACAUAACAGAGAUCUGGCUAUGUUGUGCAUAAGUGAUAAGAAUCCUAUUUGCAAGGAGUGUGCAGUGAAGGAUCACAGAGAUCAUGAAAAACAGUACUUAAAGAUUCCAGCUGUACCAGACACUUUAACCACUCUGCAGAACAUGCUGGGCAGCAUGAGUACCUCUGAGUUUCGAGAGUUCAAAAGAAAUUUAUCUCAUGAAUACCCAGAAUGUUUUGAGACACUGGACGUUAAUUCUAGUGCUCAACGUGUUGCUGAAAGGAUGAUUAGGAGCUUCUCUGAAGAUCAGGUUUUGAAAGUCAGCAUUCAGUUGGCAUCAGUCAAAAAAAUACUCAAGUGUCAAGAAAAGAUCAAGGAAAAGCUAAGAAUGAAAUUUGGACACAUUCGUGAAGGACUUGCACUACAGAAGACACAUGUUGUGUUACAUGACAUCUACACAGAACUCUAUAUCACUGAGGGUGGUAGUGAUGCAGUCCAAAGUGAACAUGAAGUGAGACUAAUUGAGAAAGCUGCUAAGAAUUUCAGCAAACAGGAAACUCCAGUUAAGUUAACAGACCUUUUUAAAUCACCAUCUGAAUCGGAAGACUACAUUAGAAUGGUUUUAACCAAAGGAAUUGCUGGUAUUGGAAAAACAGUGUCUGUUCAAAAGUUCAUCCUUGACUGGGCAGAAAAUAAAGCAAAUCAAGACAUUGACCUCAUACUCCCUCUCUUCUUCCGUGAUCUGAACCUUGAGAAGAAAGACUGCAGUCUGAUGGAGCUUCUGCGGGGAUAUUUUUUUGAGCUCAAAGACAUUGAAACUAUUGAGAACGGCAUUAAAGUUUUGCUUGUUUUGGACGGACUGGAUGAAUGUCGGCUCUCCUUAGACUUUGAAAGCACUAGGAACUGUUUUGAUAUAAUGGAGCCAGCAUCAGUGGAGGUGCUUCUGACAAACCUAAUAAGGGGAAAUCUACUACCCCGUGCACUUCUCUGGAUUACUUCUCGUCCUGCUGCAACCAAUCAGAUUCCCUCUUAUUGUGUACAACGAGUGACCGAAGUCAGAGGGUUCAAUGACCUACAGAAAGAAGAGUACUUUCACAAGAAAUGCACCAACUCUGAUUUGGCCAACACAAUGAUAAAGCAUGUGAAAUCGUCUCGGACCUUACACAUGAUGUGCCACAUACCAAUUUUCUGCUGGAUUACAGCAACAGUCCUGGACAUAAUGCUAAAAUACACAGAGUUUGGUGAAAUUCCAGAAAAUCAGACUCAGCUGUACACACAUUACCUACUCAUUCAGACUGGCUUGAAAAAUAGAAGGUAUCAGAAAGCCAUACAUGAAGAUUUGCGCAAGUUGUCAGAAAGUGACAGAAAGAUGAUCUUGAAUUUGGCAAAGUUAGCUUUCCAAGAGCUGGAGAAAGGUAAUUUGAUAUUCUAUGAAGAUGACCUGAAGGAAUGUGGCAUCGGCAUAAAUGAUGCAUCAGAUUUUUCCUCUAUGUGUACACAGCUCUUCAGAGAAGAGUUUGGACUGUACAGAGAACGAGUCUUCUGUUUCCUACACCUGAGUGUCCAGGAGCAUUUGGCUGCUGUUCAUGUUCUGUGCACAUAUCUGAAUGAGGGCAUUAAUGUUCUUGAGUCAGACGGCCAUACAAGCACAACACUGCAGGCAACACUGACCAGUGUUCUUAAGACUGCAGUAGAGAAGACCUUGGAAAAUGAGAAUGGACACUUUGACCAGUUUCUGCGCUUCCUUUUGGGCCUUUCUGUUGAGUCCAAUCAGAAGCUCCUCCGGGGUCUUCUACAUCAUCAUCAUCAGGAACACCUCGAGAAGAGUGAUGAGAUUGUCAGCUUCAUCAAGAGGAAAAUCAGUGAGGAAACCAUAACAGAGACAGCAGCCAUUAACCUUUUUCACUGCUUGAAUGAAAUAAAUCAAAAUGACUUGGUGAAGGAUAUCCAAAAGCAUUCGGAGAAAGAACUGAAGCCGGAGGAGUGUUCAGCUCUGGCCUUUGUGUUGCUGAUGUCAGAGGAUGUGAUGGAAGUGUUUGAUCUUAAACAAUACAAAACAGAGCCAUCAAAUCGCCAAAGACUUCUGCCUGUCAUCAGAGCGUCAAGAAAGGCCAUACUUUCCGGCUGUGAACUCUCAGAAAAAGCAUGUGAAACUGUGGCCUCAGCGCUUCGCAUAGGAAAUUCUCCUGUAAGAGAGCUGGAUCUGAGUAACUGCAACAUAGGAGAUUCAGGAGUGAGACACAUCUGCAGUGGGCUGAAGAGCCCACACUGCCGACUUGAGAUAUUGAGGCUUGCAGACUGCAAAAUCACAGCCGAGUCAUGUGAAAGUUUGGCCUCCACACUCCAGUCUAACCUUCUAGAGUUAGACCUCUCAUUCAACAAGCUGACAGAUUCAGGAGUGAAGGUGCUUGAGCCUUGGCUGAGAAGUGAGCAAUGUAAAGUGCAAAGAAUGGGGUUGAGGCAGUGUCACCUAACAAAGGAUUACUGCAGGAGCCUAAAUGAAGUGCUGAGUUCAUGCCAGACAAAGCAAAUGGAUCUGGAUCUGGGCGGAAAUGACCAGAAUUAGAAAUGAGCCUUUUUCCACCCAUGAUUUCUGCUUGUUUUUGCCUUCUCUGCAUAUUUUAAAAUUGCAUGUUUAGAACAGUAGAGAGUAAAUGGAUACAUUCAUCCCCAUAAAUUAGCAGUCUACAAGUUAUCUUUUUCAAGUUACCUUCUAUUGACUCACAAACUUUGAAAAGAGACUCUCAGAAAAAAAAAUGUGGCUUGUGCAAAUAUUAUGACAUAUUUUAUAUUUUAUAUAUUAAAAUUAAAAUAUCAAGUCACAGGUAUCAAGCAAA